ACCAACCGCUUUCUCCUACCCAAUUUCAAUUUGCCCCUUUUAUAUAUCCCCACCUCUCCUCUCCUCCAACUCCUCUCUCAUCACUUGAAGUUGUGUUCAUCUCUAGCAAGUAGCAGCAGCAGCAACUCAAAACAAAUCCAACCUAGAUCAAGCCUCUAACUAGCUCCUGCAGUUACCCGGAAGAGAGGUUUCAGUCCCCAAGUUGAGACGAUGUACCACCCUCAGUGCGAGCUCCUGAUGCCCCACGAGACGCUGAACAUGGACGUCGGCCAGUCGCACCUCCCCGCCUCCUCCGUCACCGCUAUGCCGGCAGACCUAAACUUCCACCUCCUCUCCUACGUCGACCCCGCAGCUGCUACGGCCGUCUCGCCCCAGCCCACCGUGGAGUACUUCUUCGGCGGCACCGACCAGCCGCCUGUCCAGUUCGAGCAGCUGGCCGCCACCAACCAGCAGGCGAUGAGCAUGCUGCGGGACUACUACGGCCAGUACCCCGCGGCCGCCGAGACGUACCUCCGCGGCGGGCCGAGGACCGGGUCGUCGUCCCUCGUGUUCGGCGCCGCAGACGACGAGUCGACCUACUUGGUCGGCCCCUUCGAGACCUCCCCGAAGCCACGGGCCAGCGGUGGCAGGAAGCGGGGCCGUGGCACGGGCGGCUUCAACGGCGGGCAGAACAACGGCGUCGAGAAGAAGGAGAAGCAGCGCCGGAUGCGCCUAAGCGAGAAGUUCACCGCCCUCAUGCUCCUCAUCCCCAACCGCACCAAGGAGGAUCGGGCCACCAUAAUCGCGGACGCGAUCGAGUACAUCCAGGAGCUGGGGAGGACGGUGGAGGAGCUGUCGCUGCUCGUGGAGAAGAAGAGGCGCCGGACGGAGCACCAGGGGGACGUGGUGGACGCGGCCCCCGCGGCAUCGGCCGGAGAGUCGGAGAGCUCUGAGGGCGAGGUGGCGGCCGCGGUGGUGGCCGAGCCGGCGGCGCUGCAGCCGAUCCGGAGCACGUACAUCCAGCGGAAGAGCAAGGAGACGUUCGUCGACGUGCGCAUCGUCGAGGACGAGGUGAACAUCAAGCUCACAAAGCGCCGACGUGACGGGUGCCUCGCCGCCGCGUCCCGGGCGCUGGACCACCUCCGCCUCGACCUCGUCCACCUCUCCGGCGGCAAGAUCGGCGACUGCCACAUCUACAUGUUCAACACUAAGAUUCAUCAGGGAUCUCCAGUGUUUGCAAGCGCAGUAGCCAGCAAGCUGAUAGAAGUCGUGGAUGAGUACUAGCUAUCAUAGCCUCUACCGAUGCAAGUUUCUCUACAUUGCUAGCUAGCUAUAGCUAGGGUUCUUGGGUAUCUGCAUGAGUAGUUCUUUGGUCCAUUUAAUUUUUAGACUGUUUGUUCCGGUGUUUGAUAAUUAAAGACAUAAUAUAUGUAUGAGUGUUUUGAAACAUCAGGGCCAUGGCCAUCUUUAAUAAUGUUGGAACUUUUGGGAUUAA